UAAUCGAUAAACAAUCGAUACUCGUCUAAAACUUAAUUUAUUUUGACAAUUUCCACAAUUUCCCAAAACAUUGAAUUAAUUUCACUUUUUGUUGAUAAAAUAAAUAAUUAUUUUCUAAGACUGAUUUUGUGCUUAAUUUAUAAUUAAAUUGUUAAUAUAGCUUCUAGUUGAUGUAAAGAUUUGCAAUUUAAUCAUUUCCUCUGUCUUGAAGGACAUAAAGAAAUAAUUUAGUCUCUUUUAUGUUUUUGCAAAGUUUCUUAGCAAUAAAAUAUAUGCAAAGAAAAUUUUCUUAUCACUGUGCUAUUAGAAAUCUUAAUUAUUCGUUUAGUUAAAAACGUUAAAAAAGGCAGAUUCACCCAAAAAGACUCGAAAGAAAUGGCAUCAGUACUGUUGUCCUAUGAGCAAUGGGAUGCAAAAUUCGGGAAAGUUUCUGAGCCCUUUCCGGAGGUUUUUCGUGAUGAAUCCCUGGCUGAUGUGAUUCUCCUGGUGGGCAGUAAUAAAACAAGAGUACCUGCACAUAAAUUCGUCUUGAGCGCCUGCAGUUGGGAAUUCUACAAUGUCUUUCAUCUUUUAAAAUUGGAUGAAGAGGAAUUAACAGUUGAUGAGGUGUCCUUGCAGAUAUUUCUCCACUUCCUAAAAUUCUGCUAUAAAGCCGAAUUAAAUCUCAAUUUGAGUUUAAAAGAAGUUCUUGCUCUCCUCCAGAUUGCCCACAGAUUCAGAGUGAGGCAAUUGAUAAGACAAUGUGAGAAUAGACUUGGUGGAAAAUUAAAUCGAGAGACAUGUCUUGAAAUUUUCAUUGGCCUGGAAGAAAAAUACCUGGAAAAAUCAUCAAAUUUGCAGAGAGAUCUUCAUCAAAUAAUUGCAAAGAAUAUAAUUUUCAUUUCCAAUUCAACGAAUGAAACCGAAUUUGCACAAAUUUCCCAAAGAAAAUUGAGAGAAAUUGCAAAAUUAGAUGAUUUAGAUUGCGAUGAAAUGCAAUUAUUUGAUAUUUUAAUGAGAUGGGCAAAAAGAAAGUGUGAGAAGGAGAAUAUUCCGUCAACUCCUAAAAAUCUCCGGAAAUGCCUCGGUGAUGUUUUCUACGAAAUUCAUUUUCCAAUCAUGAAAUUGGCGUGGAUUAUUGAAAUUUUAACUGAUUACCCGGAUCUCCUGACCGGAAGGGAAUGCUCAAAUAUUCUACAUUUCAUCAAACACAAGAAAAUCUGUCCAGGAUUUAAGAAUAAUGCAAGAAAAUUCGGUCCAGAACCCAUAAGAAACAUCAAGGGACUCAAAGAUUUCGGCGAAACGCGUAUAAUGUGUUUGGGCAAUAAACCCCAAAUGCCGGAAAAGUUCUCCAAGAAUCUUUCUGUUGGAUUCCAGUGUGAUACAUCGAGAACAAUAAUUGGAUUUGGGUUCUAUACGAAAGCAAAUGAAAGACCCGACUCAGUUUCUUGUUCUCUGUGGAAAAUGGGAACGUGGGAAAAGGAAGAUGUAUUGAAUUACAAGCAUAUUCGACGAUGGCCAAUCUGUUGGGAAUAUGAGUAUUAUCAAUAUUAUUUUCACGAAGAAGUACCUCUAUUUGCAAAAGAGAAAUGUAUGCUAUUCUGCAAUUUUUCAGAAAGAAUUCCAAUACUGCAGACAUUUAAUGAAAUCUAUAAAAACGAUAAUAUUCCAUUUUAUGAUGAAGAAUAUGGAAUUCAUACAAAAACAGUGAGAGAAAGUUCUUCAGAAAUAAUUCCAACAUUAAUUUUCAAAUAAAACAUUCAAACUUCUUUGUUUUUUUAAUCCCUGCAGGAUCCAAUAUAUUUAAGCUAAAACUUUGAACUUAAUUUUCUCUCAAAGCUCAAAAAGAUUUUUUUCCAACUGUUAUUGACGAAUUUGAACUUUCUUUCAAAAUUUGAGAUCUUAUUUUUAAAAGAUUUGAAUUGGCCACGGUGACCAGCAAAAUCCUCCAAGCCAAAAAAGAUAAAAAGACGUUAAAAUAUUUAAAUAAAAUAAGAAAAGCAUCUUGACUAGGACAUAUUCUUUAUUUCUCUUAAAAAAAAUUAUGCUCUCAAUAAAAAAAAAUGUUUUUUAUUCAAAAUUUUAUAAAUAAAUCAUGUUUUUAUGGUAA